AGUGAAAUACUACAGAGUUGAAAUUGUCAACAUUGUAAUAUUAAAUGGCUCAACCAUAACUUGAUAAGAAGACACGAGUUGGGUCAACUCCAUUCUUCUGGUUACAACCGUUCGAAGUAUGAAUCCGUGUCCAUUUCCGAUUCUCUUUCUAUUUCUCUGCUUACUCAAUACAUUUGUAGCAGCUAUUACAAUCUUUUAGAGUUAUAAGUACAAGAGAGACAGUAAUUCUUUGUGCAUGAUAAACAAAUUAAAUAUAUGAGUUCGGGUAAAAUAUCGUCAUCAUUUUUAAAUAUAUAUCCCAUUUUCAGCAUCAGUCCUAUAACUAUUUGCUUUGCCAUUCAAGAAACUUCCGCGUGAGCUCUCAACAUUUCGUGGAAACUGCUGACCAUUUCGAGUAAUAUAAGUUUGUCCUUAAUGUUCAAGCCUUCUAUAAUCUUUUCUAUAACCACAUAUUUUUAAGAGGGCCCUCUUAGACAAAAUCUCUGACCAGUAUAAAGGGCAAACUUUGAAAGAAAAAAUUCAGAUUUUUUGUUUCUUCUUUUAAUUCUAUUUCAGAACAUUCUUCUGGUUCACAACAGAGCAAAGCUCAAAGUAUGAACCUCUGUCCAUCUUUGGUUCUCUUGCUAUUUAUCUGCUUGCUCAACACACUCGCAGUCUCUAGUAGUAAUCCAAUUCACUCCACAGGAGAUGUUUCAGUUAAUUGUGGUUCAAGUGCCGCCUUAGCAGCACAAGAAGGUCGGGAAUGGCUUGGAGAUUUACACCCGAAAUUAUCUUCUUUGCUACAAAUAAAGGGCUCAUCCGUUGCCUCAAGUGUGAUACAUAAGUGGAUUUCUGCCGAUGAUCCGGUUCCCUACAAAACGGGUCGACUCUCCAGUUCCCGAUUCUCCUAUGUAUUUCAAGUGAAUCCAGGUCAGAAAAUUAUCCGCCUUCACUUUAAUCCAGCUCCAUAUAAAGGCUUCAAAAGGUUAAAAGACUUAUUCGAUGUUGAAGCCGGUUCUUUCACCCUGCUACAAAACUUUAGUGCUUCUCUUACUGCUAAUUCUCUUGGUGUGAGUUCUUUUGUUAAGGAGUUCUGUUUAGAUAUAAAAGAAAAUGAGAAAUUGAGUAUUGUUUUCUCUUCUUCAAGUAGUGAAUCAUUGGGCACGUAUGCUUUCAUAAAUGGUAUCGAGAUUAUCUCAGUUCCUCUUGCUCUUUCUUACUUUCACAAAGGAGAUAUUGGAGUCCAAGUGAUUAGUAGGUCUCUGCUCUAUGUUGACAACAUGCAUGCACUUGAAAUAAUCGACAGGGUAAAUGUUAAAUAUGAUUCUGUUUUGUCUUCUGGUCGUGUUCAUGACAUGAUUCUAUUAAUGUCUGGUGGUACCGAGCGGAAAGCAAGGAAGAUCAAUGAUAUAAGAUGGAAAAUAUCUGUGGAUGUGGGAUUCAAGUACUUGGUUAGGCUUCAUUUCUCCGAGCUAGGAUUCAAGAUAGCCAAGAUUGGUGGUGUCUAUUUUACAGUUCGCAUAAACGAAAUGAUUGCCGAUAUUAAUAUUGACAUGGUCAAGGAAAAUGAUGAUGAAUAUAGCAUUCUCUCCAGGUUUAGGGACUACAUGGUGAUGAUGAAAGGGCACAAAGAAGACGGUAAACGAGAUCUCGUUAUUUGCCUCCAAUCCAGUGAUGAAUUCAUGAAUGGGCAUGGACCCAUUAGAGGAUUUGAAAUAACGAAGUUGAGCAACCCCCACAAUAGUCUUGCCAGUCCAAAUCACUUGCCUUCUUCAGCUGAUUCAACAUAUAAGACUUUCCAAAAGUUACACCGACUUCUUGGUCAUAGAAACUUGAUUGCAACUUUUGCAAUCACAUUACUUGCUUCAGUAAACAUCUUUGUAAAUACAUUGCGACAAAUUUUGGAAACUAGUGAUAAAGAGGAGGAAAAUAAGCCAUCAGCAAGGGCAAAACGACUUUGUCGCCGGUUUUUGCUAGACGAAUUGCAGUUAGCAACUGAAGAUUUCAGUGAAUCGCAUCUCAUUGGAAGAGGUGGAUUUGGUAGAGUUUACAAAGGCCUCAUUGAUAAUGGGAGAAAGACUGUCGCCUUAAAGCGACAAAAAUUAGAAUCCCAUCAAGGGUCGCGGGAGUUUUUGACAGAAAUUGAAACACUAACCGAGCUAAGACAUAUUAACUUGGUCUCUCUAAUUGGGUACUGUAAUGAGCAUGGUGAAAUGAUUCUCGUCUAUGAGUACAUGGCGUAUGGAACGCUGGCUGACCAUCUGUACAAACGUUCUAGGAAGGGCGAAGACCGUACUUCUCUCACGUGGAAGCAACGCCUUACUAUAUGCAUUGGAGCUGGUCGAGGGUUAGACUAUCUUCACACUGGCCACUCACUCAUUCAUCGUGAUGUAAAGGCUUCAAAUAUCCUUCUGGAUGAAAAUUUCGUAGCUAAGGUGUCAGAUUUUGGCCUGGCUAAAUAUUUAAGCUCAAGUAAGUUACAACAGAGUCAUGUUAGCACAAAAGUUAAGGGCACAUUUGGGUAUUUCGACCCGAAUUAUGUUAAUACCGGUAAACUGACCAUUAAAAGUGAUAUAUAUGCCUUUGGGGUGAUGUUGUUGGAAGUAUUGAGUGGUAGAUCGGCGAUGGAUCCAAGAGCUGCUGAGGAUGAGCAGGUUUUGACCAAGUGGGCUCGAGAAAACAUUAGUAAUGGAAAUCUGUACCAGAUUAUAGCUUCAAAUUUGAGGGGUGAAAUCACAGACGAUAGCCUGAAGGCGUUUGUGGAGGUUGCUGAAAGGUGCUUGCAUGAUGAACCAAAGAAACGGCCAACAAUGGCUCAAGUUGUGUUUCAACUUGAGUUUGCACUUGAGCAGCAGGGGAGGUUAAAAUGUGUUGUGUCAAACGGGAUAACAAGUAAGGUGGAUGAUUGCCAUCAUUCUGAUGACAAAACUAACUUCUCGGUUAGUACUGGGGAAAUGACAAUUGCCUCUUCUGAUGUGCAUAAUCCUUCACCGUCUCCUCCGAAAGAGCGAUCUAAUAGCAAAGUUGUUAAUGCUGAGACACCACCUGGAAGAAAAGAAGAGGACACGAUUAGUAAACCGUCACGAUUUUCGCUAUGGGAUGCAUUUUGGAACCUAGUUAAACCAUCUGAGUUUCGUGCGGCAGAAGCAGCGGAUAAGAGCCAACAGAUUGUUAAUAUGCUGCCGAUUGUUGUCCCCAGCAUUCCAGUAGAUGAAUUAGACGAUAAAGAGACUGUUAAUAUGCUGCCGGUUGUUGCCCCUGCCAUUCCAGGAGAUGAAUUAGUGGAUAAAAAGACUGUUAAUAUGCUGCCGGUUGUUGCCCCUGCCAUUCCAGGAGAUGAAUUAGUGGAUAAAAAGACUGUUAAUAUGCUGCCGGUUGUUGCCCCUGCCAUUCCAGGUGAUGAAUUAGUGGAUAAACAGACUGUUAAUAUGUUGCCGAUUACCAUUCCAGGAGAUGAAUUACUGGAUAAACAGACUAUUAAUAUGCUGCCGAUUGAUGUCCCUGCCAUUCCAGUUGACGAAUUAAAGAACAUCACCGAUACUUUUGGUUCACAGUGUUUAGUCGGUGUAGGAUCCUAUGGAGAGGUAUACCGUGGAGUGAUGAAAAAUGGACAGGAUGCAGCAUUUAAAAAGCUAGACUCCAGAAAGCAGACAAAUCAAAUAUUUCUAGCAGAGGUUUCAAAGAUUUACAGCGUAAAGCACAAAAACGUGGUUGAGCUACUUGGUUAUUGUGUGGAUGGUGGUUUGCAAGUCUUGGCUUAUGAGUUUACUCAACAUGGAUCCCUACAUGAGAUUCUUCAUGGACAAGAAAAGGUCAAAGGCUCGGUGGUUUUGUCAUGGACCCAAAGAGUUAAAAUUGCUGUUGGGGCUGCAAAAGGAUUAGAACACAUACACAAGGAUUCAUGGCGGCAAUUUCAUGGUGGCAUCAGCUCCAGCAAUAUUUUACUUUUUGAUGAUUAUGAUGUUGCUAAGAUUGAUGGUUUUGGUCUGUCAAACCGAGCCCAUGAAAGGACAUAUUCCGCUGUCCACCUGAGGUCCUAUGGUCCUUAUUUCUCCCAUGAGGCCCGAUACACAAUGAAUGGCCGUCUAAGCAUUAUGAGUGAUGUGUACAGCUUCGGUGUGGUUCUUCUGGAACUCUUGACAGGCCGUAAACCAAUCGAUCAUUCAUAUACGUCUCUAAUUGUGACAUGGCACGAGGCAACGCCAAAGCCCCUGGUAGAAGAACAGGUACAGCGGUGUGUCGAUCCUAGACUGAACGGGGACUACCCUCUGAAGGCAGUUGCAGAGUUGGCUGCCAUUGCUGCCUCGUGUGUGCACUAUAACGAGUAUUAUCGUCCAAAAAUGAGCAUUGUAGUGCAAGCUCUCCAGCAUCUGUUGAAUGCUCAAAUCUAAACUCAAUGGUGUUCAAAAUUAGUUCCUUGUUUAAUUUGAUAUUAUUAACCCUUUAAUAUUGUGUAAUUAGGUUAUUUGGAUUUAUGACUUUUUUUUUUUUUUUUGAUACGAGGAUAUAGGAUAUACAAGCUUGGUUUUAUAGAAUAUUCAACAAUGUCAUCUAUGUAGCACGGAAACUUUGAACCUGUUAACGUAUCUACGUUUUGUGUUCGAAACUCGAGGACACCUGUCGGACUCGGACACCUUAAGGGUCAUUUUGUAAUUUCUAAAACAAAUGAGACAUGUGUAAAUAACAAGUUUUUAAAUAUUUUUGUUGCUUAUCUAAUUAAUUACAUGAUCGAUUUAAUGAUC